GCCAGCCGCUCACAUGACAGUGGCGUUGCCUCCUGGUGCGGUUACGAGAAACUAAACAAAUCCGACCUACUGCGCUUAUUAGAUGAAGAUUUGGCACAACGGUAGCGCGAACGGAAAGUAUACGCGUGCGUCAUAAACAACAUAUACCUCAAGAACCCGUUUUAGACGGUUUGUGCCCUGAUUGUUUAUCCUGCAGUCAGCUGUUUUUGUGUCGAGUUUGUUUUGAUUUUCUUUGGCAAGAAAUAUGAUCCCCUCCAUCCGCAGACAAAACAUGCCCGCUGGUGGAAUAUUUAGCUUGGUGUUAGCUGUAACUAUACAUCAGUGUUUCACCACUGAUGCUCCGCCCACUGUGCCCCCUCCUGAAACCAGCUCUCCUCCAGCCUCUCCUGCAACCCCGGGGUCACCUGAGCGGGGCGACUACAAUGUCACCAAUGCCACCGGCGCUGCCUGUCUCUUGGCACAGAUGGGCCUGCAGCUCAACAUAAGCUUUAUGUCAAGUUCUCAUGGCAAGACUGUUCAGGAAGUUUUGAACCUGCAUCCAAACCUGACUAAAUCAUCUGGAUCCUGUGAGCCUGACAGUGCAACCCUCAUACUCACUGAGGACAACAUUACUCUGACCUUUGUCUUCUCUUUGAAUUCCACAUCAAACAAGUAUCAUCUUAAUGGUUUGGAGCUGUCAGCUGCUUUGCCCGACAUGGCCAAGCCGAUUUCUGUGAGUAACACCAGUCUGAACUACCUGAGGGGAUCUCUGGGUCACUCUUACAUGUGUCGGAAGGAGCAGAAGCUGAGCGUUACGCAGGAUUUCUCUCUCAACACCUUCCAGCUGCAAGUGCAACCGUUUGGCGUCAAUGGAGAUUUUGGAGCAGCCGAGGAGUGCGAGCUGGAUGAGGACGACAUGUUGAUUCCCAUCAUUGUGGGAGCUGCCUUGUCUGUUCUAGUGCUCAUUGUGAUCCUGGCUUACCUUAUUGGCAGGAACAGAAGUCAUGCUGGCUACCAGACCAUCUAAACCCCUCUAAAGUAAUAUUUAAGCCAGGAUGUGUAGGUGCCACUAAUUUCUGCUCAAAGCUGGACUCAACAACACUACAUAUACAACUACUGCUGCUUAGUUUAACCUGCCCUGCCCUCUGCUGGUGUCUUACUUCCACUGCUGAGGUGGACCGGCAUUUCCUGGACUUUCUGUUGUAUUAUGUUAAAAAUUGAGAAUAUAGUAUAAAAAAAUACAUGCUACAGGCAUGCUUUGGUAUCGUUUCCAGGACCCAGAUUAAGAGGACAAGCACUGAUUUGCCAUGAGAAAUCUCUGGUGUUUGUUGUUUGUUUGGCUUAAUGUCGGCCUUGGAAAACAUACUGUAUUUGGUACCUCAUAUACUUAAAUUUAAAGUCAUUCAUUUAUUUAUAUAAAUAGGAGGAUUUAGGGAAACUGUUGCUGACAUUGUUUUUGUUACAUUGUGAGUGGAAAGGGACUACUUAUUUAUCACCUUUAUUUCCAAACCUGAUCUCUUAACUAUUUUGUGAUAUGAGGUGUUGUUUUCAGCUGAUAGUGCACAGGUUUUGAGAUUCACCUAAUUGGGGAAGAUGCUAAUUUACUGUUAACAAAGCCUUGCAUAACAAUACAUUUUGAGUCAGAUGUUAAUUUGGUACUAAGACAUUCCACAGCUAGGUUUGCAGUGUGAUAAGGUAUAAAAGAGAGUUUAACGAAUUAAAAGGGGAAUGUCCAUUUUUUUUUUUAGAGUAGAA